ACAAAAAAAUAAAUCUACAAUAACCGCAACAGAGGAAGUCUGGUCAGUCGUAAAACUCUGAGCGACUUUGAAGAGUUAAUUGAAGUGUACGGGGUGACGGGAGUCCGGAUAUCGUGGGACUGUCUCUUCAAGGGGAAACCAUCUGUUAAAAUAUUCUGAGAAUGAGAGAGAGAGAUCACCAGGAGAAUGAGAUAGGUCUCCGUGACCUCUGUUAGAGAUACUGGAUGUGAGAGAGAUCACCAAGACUGAGGUCUGCUACAGAUACUGGACUCAAGGGAGAUCACCAAUAUUGAGGUCUGUUAGAGAUACUGGACUCAAGGUAGAUCACCAAUAUUGAGGUCUGUUAGAGAUACUGGAUCUGAGAGAGAUCACCUAGACUGCUUUCUGUUAGAGAUACUGGACUCGAGGGAGAUCACCAAGACUGAGGUCUGUUAGAGAUACUGGACUCGAGGGAGAUCACCAAUAUUGAGGUCUCCUAAAGGUUAAAUGAGCAGACACCACAAUAGUCUAAUAGUUCUGAAAGAAUGCAGACUGGGUUGCAUUAGGGAAACCUUUCCCCAAAACAUAAGCAUUUGUUUCCCUACAGCAGUAUUUGUCAUUUACCACAAUAUUUUAUAUAUUAAAAAUGGCUUCACUGAAUAUAUGCUGAUAUUUUGUGUAAUUCUGCGGCAGCUCUGCAAAGCUUUAUUUAAGUUCUAAAUGGCUGUAUUCUUCUUCUUUUCUAAUUAAGAUAUUUAAAGGCUCUGCCUCUGAAACAUUGUGUGGAUUUAUUACCUAUGUUCUCCGGUCUGUUGGAGCAGUGCUCGGUAUAAUGACAGCAAUGUGUUUAGACUUUCCGGAUAGAACGGGGGAUACGGGGAUAUAAGAACAGGAAGUCCUCUGCACACACAAUCCUUCUUUAGUCAUCAUUCCCCAGUGGGCGUACAAUAUGGACCGAUACAAAGAUCAUUGAUUGUUUGCCCAAAGUGCAGAUAAUUUAGUUAUUUUUGUUCUGUCUGCCAGGAAUUUGCUGAAUUUACAGGAGAAUUACGUAAGGUAGAAGAUAAUAGAAGAAAUCUGAAGGAGAAAUAAACAACUAUUUGCAAAGCGCUUACGAAACAGAUCCUUUACUAUUUCCGAAGAAUGGAGAAAGAAUUUCAAUUUGUGGAAAUCUAUUUUCUGAAUUUUAUUAAGUAAAUCACAUCUCAGGAGGGAUAAAACCUAGUAUUAGAGGUACCAUUUUUCCCGCUGUCUCUAUUGCCAUGGAAACCCUCAGACAGCUGCCAUCGCUGAAACCUCUGGAGUCUUGGUCAUGCUCCUCCACCCCUAGCGCCAGGCGACGGCGCCUAAAACUUAGAAAAGGUCAAAGGUCACCAGAGUUGGGGGGCAGGAGUGACGCAGAAAGUUCAGCUGUCAGAGGGAGAACAUUGAAACCCCCAGCUAUAGAGGUGACCCCAUCUAGUGAAGACGAAGCCUGGUCCAACUGUUCUACUCCCAGCGCAUCACCAAAACGACGCAGAGGCCUGCUAAGGAAGUGGCUGAGGAGGAGAGACGGGAAGAGCUGUACGGGAAGUAUUACCCCACGGAGCACACCCAGUAACUCCCCUGCAGUGCGGAGGCGUCUGGCCAGCAGCGAUGUAGACAAUAUGGUGGAGAAGUGCUCGGAAAACCCCGCAGAGCGGUCCCCAAGUUCACUAACUCCCUCUUCAUCGCCUCCUGGGGCCCUUCCUAUAAAUCAAUGCAUUGCUCAGCUCCCUAUACAAACCAACUCGCAGCCAGGAACCCCCAUCACUUCGCAGCUCAGUGGCCGAGGAUUUAUACGGAACAGCAAGAAGAUGCAGAGCUGGUACAGUAUGCUGAGCCCCACUUACAAGCAGCGUAAUGAGGACUUCCGAAAAAUCUUCAAGAAGCUACCAGAUUCUGAGCGUCUGAUUGUGGAUUACUCCUGUGCGUUGCAGAAAGACAUUCUACUGCAAGGAAGACUCUACUUAUCUGAAAACUGGAUCUGUUUCUAUAGCAACAUCUUCCGCUGGGAGACCACAAUCACCAUCCAGCUAAAAGAUAUCCGCUGCAUUAAGAAGGAGAAGACGGCAAAACUUAUUCCCAAUGCUAUCCAAGUGUGUACGGAGAACGAGAAGCACUUCUUCACGUCCUUUGGCGCCAGGGAUCGCUCGUUCCUGCUGAUCUUUCGUCUCUGGCAGAACGCUCUGCUAGACAAGACGCUGUCUCCCAGAGAGCUGUGGCACAUUGUACAUCAGUGCUAUGGGACUGAGCUUGGACUGACCAGCGAGGAUGAAGAUUAUGUAUCCCCACGGGACCUGCUGAAUGGAUUGGGUGUGAGUGAGGAAUUUCCUGAGUGUCCAGAUCUGAGUGACACUAUAUCCCGCUGUGAACCCAAACUUGGAACCAGUCCGUCUCUGCCAGCCGCAGACUCUAUUACCUCACUUGCCAGCUGUGACGGAAUGUUAACGCCCACAGAAGACCUUGCUGGACAGUCGGAUGCCAUGUCGGACUCCCAGCUGGAUGGCUCCUCCAGUCAAACAGUGACUCCGCUUUCAGAGAUGACUGGCACUGGACUGCUGGACUCAAUGCCUGCUCUUGACCUCCUACCAAGUGAGGAUCUGCCCACGGAUCCCAGCAACAACUCCAGUCCCAGCUCUACGCAGGAUGAAGAUAUCAACUGUGUUUCUAAAGAUGUAAUUUCAUCAGAUCUCAAUGGCAGACUUCAUAUCAAUACUGUGUAUCACAUCAGCGCAGAGCGUCUGCAGAAUGCCUUGACCUCUGACAGCCACUUCAUGAGCGAGUUUAUGGACCUGCGGAAAUUCACAGAUGUCAUUGUGAACUCUUGGAUAAGAGACAGCGGGGGCAAGCAGUCUCGUGUCAUUAACUAUACGAUACCCAUCAACAACCCACUGGGACCCAAGUCAGCGCCAGCUGUGGAAACUCAGACCUUGUAUACUCUCAAGGGCAUUGGGUGUGUUCUGGAUACCCAGGUUAUCACUCAGGGCAUACCAUACCAGGAUUAUUUUUACACCGCUCACCGGUACUGCAUCACCAGCGUGGCAAAGAACAAGUCUCGUCUCAGGGUCUCCUCUGAGAUUUGCUACAGGAAGCAGCCUUGGAGUCUGGUACGAAGCAUCAUUGAGAAGAACUCGUGGAGUGGGAUGGAAGAGCAUUUUAGUCAGCUGGCUGAGGCUGUGGUGAAGUUAGAGCAAUGCUGUGUUGAAGAACUUGGUGGCAGAGAGAAACCAGCCCUGCGGCGCCGGAAACGAACCCUAAGCUGGAAGACCCAUCACAGCGAUCCCCUCAGCUCUGCCUCUCCGCCACUGGAGAUUGAAAGAGGAACCCGGAACCCCAGAGCCUCUGGCAGUGUGUCCUCUCAGAUGUCCCACCUCUCAGACAGAGGACCGACGCAGAGCAUUCCCACCGCUCUGUUUGUCAUCAGUAUUGUUUUGCUGGUUCUUGUGGUUCUGAACAUGAUGCUUUUCUACCGUCUCUGGUCUCUGGAACACACGGCACGCACAUUCCAAACCUGGCAGAACUAUGCUGUAUCACAAGGGAGAUUCCCUCAGAGCUCCGCAGACUGGGCAGAGAUCCUUGAGCUCCAGAAACGUUUUCACAGUGCCGAAGUCCAGAAAUGGAAACAGACGCUACGGGCGUCCGUACAGCUGCUGGACGAGAUGCGAAUGUCACUUCAAAGAUUGCAACAAGGUGUCCUGGCGAAUGACCCCACCCUGGACUCUCAGGAGGAGGACGCUCUAUCGUGACAGACACUGUCUAAUAAUCAAUCCAUUAGGACAUUCCAUAAAAAUGCAGUUCCAGCGCAGGUGUAGACACGUCACAGGGAUCCCGUUCAGGAAACGGAUGCCCUCCCAGAUGUGAGUGCAGCUGUCUACAAGCUGGGAACGAACAUCCCCUGGGGAUGUGAAUCGAUGGGAUACAUGUCAUGUUGGCUUUCGAGUGCUGCUUACUGAAUACUACAGACAUAUAGUGAACAAGAGACCUCCCAGAGAGAGUCUUGUUGGCACAGACUUCAAUGAUAUGUGUGCUGGAAGUGAAGGUCCCCAAAGGAUGCAGCGUGUCCUGGAAACUGGUCGCCUCCUGCAUUUGAAGGCCUUUUUAGUAGCAGAGGGUUGGUCAGCGUGGCAUCACUUCCUAGUGUUUUAUUUUCUAAGUUCUGUAAUGAGCAGAUGGCAAACUUCUAUCUUGUGAAUGUCCUGAGCCAUAAAUGUGGGACUUUAAAGGUACCGUCAACGUGGAGCAUCGAAACUGUAUCUUGGAACAUGCGCACAGUCUAUUGGUUCUCUGGGUUUAGCUACCAUGGAGUGUCUUUAUGGUACAUGCAUUCUGAACCCAUGUCAGAUCUGUAAUUAUGGAGCUAUGUGGUUACCUGGAUCACUUAGAUCACCAUGUGAAUUUUAAAUCCCAUAAUGCUGUGCCAGGUUUAAUGCCCCCCUGAUCGCGUGCCGGUCAACUUAAAAAUGUAGAGGAAAGAUGUGUCCUGUGAGCUUUUUAUAUGGCUCACUCACUGCUCUGAGUAGUAAUUUAACCAGGUUUGUCAUUACAUUCUAAUGUGCUGAUGAAAUGAGCAGCCACCAUUAAAACCGUGGACGACCCUGGUAUAGAAAUAUAAAUAUCAGGUUGGUCACAAUAGAGAAGGCCUGUGGGUAUUCGUGGCACUGGGUUGUCCUCCGUGAUCACAUUCCUGAUAACAUUACUCUCUUUCACUGUCAGCUCUCCCUGCCGCAAACUCACUGAAUGACCCCCCCAUGCAAAUUCGCUGCAGAGAGACCGUCUGUUUUAUUCCUCGAGCACUUCAUUUUUAGAUUGGUCUUUUCUUCUCUGCCACCAUUUUUGUUUUCCAUUGAUUGAAUGUGCAAUAGCUUUAGUCAAUUGCAAAGCAUUUGUUUUUAAGCAAAUGAUCUUCUCCUGCAGAAUUUCAGUUUUAUUUAUUAUUUUAUAUUAAUUAGAUUAUCUUCUCAUUUUUUAUUUUUAGUGAUUAGAUUUAGUUUUUUGUCCGAGUUACGAGAGAUAAUUCGUUCCUCAACAAAAAAACAUGUUGUUUUUUUAAUUAUUAUUAUUAAUCCUUAGUACAAUCCAGUGUUGCCUAUCCUCCGAAUGUACAGCAUGGAGCAGGAAGCCCUGACUCUCCAGCAAUAUGCAGACCACAAUCCCAUCAUCCCCAGAGCACUGUAGAUGAUGGGACGUGUAGUCCAGCUGAGACCAUUGGGUUUUAGAUUUGCUGUUCACACUUUUCCGUUAAUUUAUUAUUCACUUGAUAAUUUUAGAUGCUAUAUUAAUUUAUUGUAGUGGUUACAGAGUAUUAACCUUGUGGCUCCAGCCUACAUUGCAUUUCACAGCCAGAAUCCUCCGGUUUGUGCUAAUAUUGUGCAAUCGCUGUCCCUCACUUGGAAGAAUGGGCUGGUCCCAAUGAAUUUAAUUUAAGUGCUUAUUGUACUGUAACUUGUGGAACUUUGUUCAGUCACUGUAAAAUCCUAGGACAAAAUGGCUGCUCUUUGUGCCACAGAGUGACAUUGGAAACUUCAUUUUGGUCUUUCUGCCAAGAGGCAGACUGUACGAGUCGCUUCUAUUUUAUCUUGAAUAUAUUUUUCCUUUGACAGGCU